AUGGUUGAUACAAGACGUACGAAGAGUAACGCCACCACGACGGGCCCAUCUCAUGGUUUUGUGGUGGAAACCUCAAUACAACAGCACGGAAUCAUGCCUGCCAACGCCCUGCAGCCGUCUUCUAGUGCUUUGCAGCCGCCUUCAGCUGCUGGAAUUGCAGAACAGCCGCCACAUGACCCUGGGACCUCCACAGCCUUGCAGUCGCCAGCGCCGAUUACCGGAGCUGCUCUGCCUCGCUGUCCUGCCGUCGGAGCACAGCAGCAGCCACACCACUUAACUACCGGACUUGCUGCACAGCCCCAUGGCUACUCUGACAUCGUCCCAGUCUCGGAGCAGAUCCAUUCUCUCCCUCCUCUGCGAUCACACUUGACAUAUGCACCUGUGUACGCGUCCAAUGGAGCCCUAGCCCACAUGCCGUUGGGCCCAAUGCACACCACCCUACUUGGCCCGGGCAGUCAAGUGGACCUUAACUCGCGGGUUGAUCAACUCACACAGAAGGUCGAUGAUCAAAACAACCUGAUUGGCCAGCUACUCAGGCAGAUCAACUUGAAUCAAGGCCCCAACCUUGGACCCCGUGACGAGGAGAGGAGGGCACCCGAGCAUGCUGGCGAGCAAUUCGAGAGGUCCCAGGCUAGUCAGACAAGGGCAAACCGGCAGGGAAGAGAGCGAGAUCGUGCAGACGAGACACAGACAGCUGCAAGCCGUACUCUGAGCCGUUCGAGGCUAGGACCCAGGACCAAUGUGCUCGAGAGGCUAGGCCCACAAUCCAAUGUUCGUGCUCGCUUAGGUCCACAAGGAGCUCGAGUUCGUGAGCGGUCGCGGCGACAAGCUGUGGAGGGAUCCUCCCAAACUCAACCUUCUCUCCUGCCCCAUCGGCAGGGCAACCAAGGGGAUCGACCCUUGGGAGCCGGAGAAGAAGUUAGCCGAUCACGUUCGAGGCACCGAAGACGUCGACCUGAACGACCUUCCUUGCAAGCAGAGGAUGACGAUCGACGCUCACCAGCCCGCUCGAGGUCCAACAUGCGGCGACAAGCUGUGGAGGGAUCCUCCCAAACUCAACCUUCUCUCCUGCCCCACCGGCAGGGCAACCAAGGGGAUCGACCCUUGGGAGUUGGAGAAGAAGUUAGCCAGUCACGCUCGAGACUCCGAAGGCGCCGACCUGAACGACCUUCCUUGCGAGCAGAGGGUGACGAUCGACGCCCACCAGCCCGCUCGAGGACCAACACGCGGCGACAAGCUGCAGAGGAAUCCUCACAAGCUCAAUCUCCUAAUCUGCCUCACGGGCAGAGCACCCAAGGGGAUCGACCCUUGGGAACCGAGGAAGAAGCUAGCCAGUCGCGCUCGAGGCACCGAAGACGUCGGCCCGAGACUCCAACCCUGCGAGCAGAGGAUGUCGCAAAGCUGGUAAAUGACCAACUCCGAGGUCUCCGACUCAAAGGAAGCGCGGAGGAGGCCCUGUGCAAGGAAAUUGAUCGAGUUGACCGCUCGCCCUUUACCGACGAGGUGGAACGAGCCCCGCCGCCGAAGCGGUUUACAACGCCAUCCAUCACUCCAUUCAAGGGGGACUCUGACCCUGAGAGCCAUUUGAGGCACUUCAAGAGCGCCAUGAUCCUGUACAAGGCAGACGACGCCCUGAUGUGCAAAGUGUUCGCGAUGACCCUGCGAGGAGCAGCUCAGGAUUGGUUCCACACUCUACCGUCCGCGUCAAUAGGCAACUUCAUGGAGUUCGCCAUCAUUUUCACAAAGGAGUACACCUCCUACAAGACGGUCAGAAAGCAUGCAGACCACCUGUUCAACCUGCGCAAGAAGCCAGACGAGUCUCUACGAGACUACCUGAGACGGUUUAAGGCUGAGAAGGCUAACAUCAUAGGAUGCAACGACCAAGUUGCAUCCUCAGCAUUCAAAAAGGGCUUGCCAACCGAGCACGAGCUAUACCGGGAGCUGGCCAUAACUCCAAGUCAAACCUUGGCAGAAGUGUUCGCGACGGCAGAGCGCUACGCACUUUGGGACGAUGAUCGUAUCGCCGCAAAGAAAGCUAGCAAGCAAGUUGACCACCCGACGAAGCAGGCAAGCCAAAAGAGCAACAAGUUCGAGCAAAAAGCCCGAGAUAAGCGCAGAUCGCGGCCCCAAGAGGGAAGCUUAGAAACAGGGACCUUCACCGAGUUCGCUAUCCCAAUCCACCAGAUCCUAGCUCAAGUGAAGGAUAAGCCGUGGGUGAGGAGACCACCACCCAUGAAGGGAGACCCCUCUAAAAGAGACGCCAGCAAAUACUGCGCAUUCCACGGGGAGCACGGUCAUUACACCAACAACUGCAACGCUUGGAAAAGGCACCUUGAGGAGCUGGUCAGAGAAGGCCAUUGCACAGAGUUCGUUGCAAAGAAGGCUAUCCAGCAGAUCGAGGAUCGUGAUGUAGCUGCCAAGGAACCUCCCCAAAAGGUCAUACGAAUCAACACCAUUCUAGCCGACUCCCAAGAGUCCGGGCUGACCACCAAGGAGCGCAAGAGAAAGAUCGCGCAGGCAACUUAUGUCUCCCAAGUCACAACGGGAGUACCAGCUGUUGGGGAUACACCUAUCAUUGGCUUCCAGAAGAAGGACUUGAUCGGGUUGGACCUGCCACAUAAUGACGCCCUAGUCAUCUGCAUCCAAAUUGAACAAGCUGUGAUCGAGCGAGUUCAUGUAGAUGAGGGCAGCGCAGCCAACAUCCUGCAACUAUCUGUUAUCCAACAGAUGGGGUUCGAGCCCAAGAUUAGCAAACUUGCCAGAUCGCUCACCGGCUUCAAUGGGGCCACAUCAAUCACUGUUGGAACGAUCGACUUGGAUGUCCACUCACCCCCAGUAGUCUGCUCGCAGACCUUCAUGGUCAUCGACGAGGUUUCCCCCUACAACGGAAUCCUGGGCCGACCGUGGAUCAGCAAGAUCGAGGCCAUCACAUCUGCUCUACAUCAGAAGAUCCGUUAUCCCAUCCCUGGGGGCGGAAUCGGGCAGAUCAACAGUGACCAAGCCAUGGCAAGGAGAUGCACCGCCCAAGGGCUCAAGAAGAGCAAGCAGCUGCAGUUCACACCAGUAAUGCAAGCUGCCAACGAGGCAAGAAGCGCUCUUAGCAGACAAGCAAACCCGAAAGGGAAGGAAGUUGCUGGCUCACAAUAG